AUGGUGCCCUCAACAAUGCUUCAAGGCGUAACAGAAGAAUGUAAGGAAUGUGGCAAUAAGCUUAAUGAGGUCACGUUAAAAAUUCUUGAUAUGUUGAAAAGUGUUUGGUGCAAUCUGGCUUUUAAUCCUGAAUUUGUCGAAACGAUGAAUGAGGGUACCUAUGUUAAUAAUGUAGUUGUCUCCGCAAUACGUGCUACAUUAUUUGAUAAUCCCUUUGGAGAACAUGCAUUCAUUAAUACGUAA